UGCGCACCAUGCCGGCGCCGCUUCGUUCCCUUCCCCCAUCUUAUGCGCCCGCCGCCAUCGAAAGGGCGGCCGGCCGGGCCGGUUCAUUGGGGGCCUUUUUGCCGCCCGCAGGGCAGUCAAGUCUGCCUACCGAGCCCUGACUUCGGGUCCCCCCGGUCCGCCAUCAUCGUGCCGCCCCGGGCCCCCUUGGCUCGUUGUCGCGGAUGGCUAGGAGGCCCGGGGCCCCCCAACUCGCUUGCGCCCCCGCGCGCUAGCUUGGCCCACGGGCAAACUAGCGCAGCGGCCAAGGCAGAAGCAAUCUAUCGGCGCAAGUGCGGCAGGUAUGGAUGCAAGAUCGUUGCCUCUCGUAUCUCUGCGACUGCGCGCAUUCUUCAUUUUCAGCAUGAGUGUGGCAGCACGACGGCGGCUCUCGAAAU